UGGCCGAGCAACAUCCAUGAUGGCUUCUGCCAAGAAAAAGCAGGACGAGAAAAACUUGAAACUUCUUCGAGAUCUCGCAGCUUUACCCCACAACAAAAAAUGUUUCGAUUGUGGACAGAGGGGACCUACAUAUGUGAAUACCACUAUAGGAUCUUUCGUUUGUACAUCAUGUAGCGGCAUUUUACGUGGGCUAAACCCUCCUUAUCGAGUAAAAUCAAUUUCGAUGACAAGCUUUACUCCACAAGAAAUAGAAAAUCUACAAGGAACGGGAAACGAGUAUUGUAAAAAGGUAUGGUUGGGAUUGUGGAACUCUUCAGCACCAGCAGAACCAGAGUCCAGAGACGAACAAAAAAUAAAAGAUUUUAUGGUCCAGAAAUAUGAGAGAAAAAGAUGGUAUAUGCCCCCUCAGCAAGCCACAGCUAACAACACAAGCCAGUCAGCACCAGAACCCAAGCCACUGAAGCAACUUUUAGGAGAAAAUACCCCUCCUGUAACAGUCCAAGCACAGGCAACAAGAGAGAGACCUCGCACGGGAAGCCAAACAGGUGCUUCACCAACACCAGUAUCUGUUGCUCCACCCCCUGGUACUGCACAGCCUGCUGCACAACCAGCUCCACAACCAGCUCCACCAAAGCCUCCAUCGGUGGAUCUACUGGGUGACUUAGGAGGAGAUCCCUUUGCAACUCCACAACCACAGGGUCAGUUUGGAUCACCACCACAGGCAGGUGGCUUUGGAUCUUUCAAUGCAUUUGGUGCACCAGCGGCCGCACCUGCACAGAAUGCGUUUGGCGCACCAGCAGCAGCACCUGCUCAGAAUUCUUUUGAUCCAUUUGGAUCAUCAGCUCCCCAACCUGCUCAACAAUCUCAGCCAAGUUUUGCUGCAUUUGGGGCCCCUCCCCAGCAGCAGCAGCAACCUGCUCCUCAACCACAACAGCAAACUAAUUUGUUUGAUGCAUUUGGAUCACCUCCAUCAUCAUCAGGAGGAGGGUUUAAUGCCUUUGGUGCUCCUCCAUCAUCAGCACCAUCACAGCCACAACCUACAUCAAAUGCUGGAUUUGGUCCACUUGUGUCAGCGUCUGGAAGCACAGCUACCCAAAACACAGCAGGAGACAAGUAUGCAGCACUGAGUGAGUUGGAUAACUUGUUUGGUCCAUCAAGUGGUGGUAGUAACACAGGCCUCAGUACUGGAACUGGGUUUGGUUCAGGUGGCUCAUCUUCAUUUGGAAUGUCUAGUGGACCAAAUCCUUUCUCAAAUACAUCAACUGGAAGUGUAUCCGGAGGUUUUCAGCAGCCCAAACAGCCACAGCAGCAGCAACAGCAGCCAUCCAAUCCAUUUCAAGGUUUGGGAGGAGGCCCUGCAGGGUUUGGUCAGCUAAAUGGUCCCAUGAAUAGCAUGAAUCAAGUAAGCAGCAUGAGUGCAACCACAGGUACAGGAUCAGUAUUUGGCAGUCAGCCAAGUUCAGGAUUUGGUAAUCAGCAGUCCUUUAGUGGCAAUCAGCCUGUUAAUUCAGGAUUUGGUAAUCAGCAGUCCUUCAGUGGCAGUCAGCCUGUUAAUUCAGGAUUUGGAAGUCAACAAUCCUUUGGUGGCAGUCAGCCUGUAAGUUCAGGAUUUGGUAAUCAGCAGUCUUUUAGCAACACUCAAUCCUUUACUGGUGGCUUCGGCAACUUAACAACAGCACCUCAGCAAUCAUCAUUUGGUGGAAACCAGCAGUCUGGUUGGGGUAGCAUGGGAGGCCAGCAACAAAUGGGUGGCCAAAAUAUGGGUAUGCCACCAACAUCUACCCAACAGAAUCUCAGCUUUGGUGGUGCAGGAAUGACAGCACUGGCUUCAGCACAGUUUGGAAAAAUGGGGGGUGGCUUACCACAACAACCUCCAGUGAGAGGUCAAAUGAACUUUGGUGGAAAUCAACCUGGGUUUGGUGGUAGUCAGGGAUUUGGCGCUGGACAGCCAACAUCCAUGUUUGGAGGUUCAGCAGGUGGAUUUGGAGCAAGUUCCAUGUCUAGUGGCAACAGCUUUGGAGCUCAGCAGCAACCCUCAGGAUUUGGAGCUCCUGGAGGCUUUGGUGCGCAGCCAAGUGGCGGAUUUGGAAAUCAGGGAGGAGCAGUAUUUGGUGGUAACAUGUCUGGAAUGGGAAGCAGUCAGUUUGGACAACAGCAACAAAUGCAGCAGUUUGGAGGGGGAUGGCAACAAAGUCCACAGGCAAAUCCAUUUAUGAAUGCUGGAGCACAGCAAGGCAUGCAAAGACAAGGACAGUCUACAAAUCCAUUUAUGUAGAAAGCUGGCUGAUUUAGGUCACAAUGUUAUGGAAUUAAUUCCCAAAUGAUCUUAGCCACAAAGGAUGGAUCAAAUGGCUUAGUGGAAUUUGUUUUUAAGAGAAAAGAAAGAUUACAGGCAACUUCUGGUUGUUUAAGUCAUUUCUGUCAUAGAUUGCAUUGUUAACUCUUUGCUGUUAAAUAUGAAACAUAUUUUAUUAUGGAACAUAUUGUGUGAUCUCUAGAUAGAGAGAACAGAAUAGACUUUUGGAGAGAUUUAACGAACCCUCCUGACAAAUUGAAAAUGAAACAAAACUGAUUCCCCUCAGAAGCCAUUUAUGUGGGCUUAACUUUGCAAAAUGCAAGCAAUGCAACUAUGAUAUACAAAGGAA